GCCUGACGCCUCUACAUUCUAGAUAGCCUGCGUCGUCUGUUCCGGUCUGCAUCCCCUUCCGUGUCCCAGGCGGAGCACCGGUGCACCUUAAAAAGAGACCGCACGCGCGACUGGGGAUCCCAGGCCAGGCUACCAUGUCGCAGGCUCAGCCCUCCAUUCCCUCGACCCCCAUGGCAGGCAGUGGCGGCGCAACUACGCCGAUCAACGAAAAGGGCGACUCUCACAGUGCAGGGGGUAGCAAGGAGCCUUCGAUCUCGGAUGUUGUACAGCUCCCCGAGCUGGAGGAUGAGACUGGUGUACGGACCCCUGCGCAGCGCCGUAAGGCGUUCAUGCAGUUUGCGGCCCUUUGCUGCUCGAUCUUCGUCUCUGGGUGGAACGACGGGACGCUAGGUCCUCUACUGCCCCGCCUACAGGAGGUUUACGACGUGGGCUAUGCAGUCGUGUCGCUCAUCUUCGUUGUCAGCUGUAUCGGCGCUAUCUUGGGGUCAUGUACAUUCUUGUACUUGACCGACCGUCUCGGAUAUGGUGUGGUUGUUGUACUCGCUUCGCUCAUGAUGAUGGUGGCAUACGCGCUGGAAGCCGCGGCCGUGCCGUUCCCCGUCUUUGUCGUGGCGUACUUCUUCAUCGGUUUCGGCAACUCGUUCCUAAACUCCGGCUCAAAUGUCUUCCUCGCGAACGUAUCCGUGGGUAAGGCUUCGACGAGGUUUGGUAUCCUCCAUGGUUCAUACGGACUCGGGGCGAUGGCCUCCCCGCUGAUCUCGACACAAUUUUCACAUAUGCGGCACUGGUCCUUUGUCUACCUUGUGCAUAUCGGUUUGCUGGUGAUUACGGUCACGAUGCAGACCAUCACCUUCAAGUUCCAGAGUCAGGAAGCUUGCGCGCUUGAGAUCGGGCUGCCCCCGCCAGCGCAGGAGCCGGUUUCUCUGUUGGAGCGUUACAAGCGGGUAUUCCGGAUGCGCGCGGUACAUCUUAUGGCCUUGUUCGCCUUUAUAUACGUUGGCAUCGAGGUGUCUAUCGGAAGCUGGAUUGUGACAUAUGUUAUUGAUCUUCGCCAUGGAGGCCCGAGCUCGGGCUACAUAUCCUCGGGAUUGUUCGGAGGCAUCAUGGUUGGGAGAAUUGCUCUCCUACCGAUUAGCAAACUGAUCGGCGAUCGACGGGCCAUCUUCGUAUACAUCCUGGCGGUUAUCGGGCUCGAGCUCGUCGUGUGGCUCGUGCCGUCGCUCAUUGCAGACGCCAUCGCCGUAUCAUUCGUCGGGUUCUUCCUGGGACCCAUGAUGCCGAUCAUGACGAACCACUCGGCGCGCAUCCUACCCCCCGACCUGAUCUCGGGCGGCGUGGGCUGGAUUGCGAGCUGGGGCGCGGCGGGGGCGGCGGUGUACCCGUUCGUCACCGGGGCCAUCGCAUCGAAAACGGGCAUCGGUGCCCUGCAACCGCUGGUGGUCGCGCUAUCGGGCGUGCUGUUCGUCGUGUGGGGAUGCGUACCGCGUAGCCGGAAGCAGAUCCAGGGAUGAAAGGGAAGGUCUUCUCUGUAGAGUUUUGGGUUACUACAUAGAUGCGGUCAGUUCAACGCUCCUGCGCACAUUUAGUGCGUUUAUGUCUUUUUACGCUUUCACGACAUAGAUGAAUCUCGAUGUACCAUUUC